AGAGCUUGAUCCUGGAGCGAGGGCUUUCACAUGGGGAUGCUGUGAGGAAAGGACUACCAACCAUCUGGAUAUGGUGGAACUGCUUCAAUAUCACUUCUGGUCCAUUUCGUUAACCCCCCAGUCUGCUGUAAUGCUACCAUUUUGACACUGGGUUGGUUAAACUGUGGGCAAUGGGGAUGCCAGGGGGGAGACAGAGACUGCGGGCCAUUAUUUGCCUUUGGUGUUGGCUUCAAGCAAUGUGCUCUAUGCAGGAUCUGGAUCCCAAGGGGGCUAAUGUUUGUAAAUCAGAAAGUGUCACCAAGGGGCUUGUGUGCUGCCCGGGGUGGAGACAGGAAGGGCGAGCGUGUACAGUUGCAAUCUGUAAAGGAGAAGACACCUGCCAGACAGAUGAAGUCUGUAUUAGGCCUGGAGUGUGUCGCUGCAAACCUGGGUACUUUGGAGCCAGCUGUAACUCACGAUGCCCUGACCAGUAUUGGGGAUCAGACUGCAAGCAAAGCUGCUCUUGCUUUCCUAAUGGGAAGUGUGACCCCGUGAAUGGGCAAUGCACCUGCAAUCCAAAUCGCUGGGGACCUAACUGCCAGCAUCCCUGCCCCUGCUUCAAACAUGGAACCUGUGACCCUCUUACUGGCACAUGUCACUGUGAGCAUGGAUGGUGGACACCCUACUGCAGCAAACCGUGCCAUUGUAACCUACAGACUUCACGCUGUAGCCAAGCUACUGGCCAGUGCAUCUGUGACACAGGGUGGUGGGGUCUAAAAUGCAGUGUGAGAUGCAACUGCAACAACUCACCCUGCCUUCAGACCAAUGGCAAGUGCAAAUGUCAAGAAGGCUGGUGGGGGGAGUCCUGUGAGCACCAGUGUGAUUGCCUCCAUGGCAAAUGUAACCCCCUGAAUGGAAAGUGUGACUGUAAUGUAGGAUAUCAAGGGCCAAGCUGUGCAGAUCUUUGUGCACCUGGAACAUACGGAACCAACUGCAAAAACAGAUGUGGGCACUGCAAGCAGGGACAGAUUUGUUCCCCAGUGGAUGGCCUUUGUCUGUCCUGUGACCCAGGCUAUAACGGGACCCGUUGCAACCAGCCAUGUCUACCAGGAUAUCAUGGAGAAAACUGUGAGCAAAGAUGCCCAAAAUGUCGUGGAACGGAGGAAUGCAACAGGGAAACUGGGACAUGCGCACAUUGUGAUGCUGGAACACUGGGGCCUAGAUGUGAUUCGAAAUGCCCACCCGAAAGCUACGGAGAAAGAUGCCAAUAUCUGUGUCCUGUCUGUAUUCAUGGAACCUGUGACCCCAAAACUGGAGAGUGUAUCUGUGACACUGGAUAUUGGAAACACAGUUGCAAUGAGACAUGCCCUCAUGGCUAUUUUGGAUCAAACUGCUCAAGCACCUGCGAAUGUGGCGGGGGUCCCUGCAGCCCAGUAUAUGGAACAUGCCAGUGGACAUCCAAUCAAAAAGGAGCUCUGAUUGCAGGAAUCCUUGUGCCUGUGUUGUGCUUCCUUUUCCUGCUGUGCUGUUGCUGCUGUUGUGGAACUGACCAGUCUGAUUCAAAAGACAGGGUAUCCCAAGAAGGAGGCUCAUGUUCUAGAAUGAAGCACAAUUUUCAAGGGACCUUGGCUAACAUAAGUUCACUGUUGCCCUGUUGCUCUGUUGGCAAUACUAAACUCUCCUGGGUAACUGUGUCUCACCACGAUGCAGAGCUUCCUUUUAAUCAUAGUUUCAUUGAGUCGCCUUCAACUGGCUGGAUGUCUGAGAACUCUUUUUCUUCAUUUGAAUCAGAUGAAGGUGGUCCAGUCUACUGUGUUCCUCCAAGAGAAGGAAUAUCCAUCGCUGAUCUGGAUGGAUUUCAGGAAAUUAGUUCAAAAUGUAAUGUUUUUCCAGAUUCUUUGGCUUUCAACGCAGAUGAUGUCUCCCAGCCAUUUUCUAUUCCCAGGACAUCUAGCAUUGCCAAAGCUAAACGACCGUCUGUGUCAUUUGCUGAGGGAACUAAAUUUGGCAGUAGAAGGGCAUCAGCUACUGAGACACCCAAUCUUGCACGGAAACCAAAACUUGCUUUAAGUCUUCCAAAAUUGCCUUCUAUUCAGUCACAGCCCAUAAAUGGUGAUGAUCCGACUCACAGUGAGCAAGCCAAUGAUUUUUAUGAAAAAGUUUGUAUUAACCAGGAGCCAGAAGAUCAUCCUAGACUGCACAGAAAUGUGCCUGUUGGCCGCAGGAGGACUAUGUCUAAUGCUCAGAAGGUAACACUGAAAUCAGAAGUAGCAGAAUCUAGUGUAAUAGAAAAUGUUUAUGAUACGAAACGUAAAAGCACUGGUGUUACCACCGUUUAUUUGAGCGUUGGACCUCCAAAAAAGAUUUACAAACCUCGUAGAAGAUCCGAAGGUAAUAUUGAUGGAGCUGUGCAGGCUGUAUUAAAACGUUUGGGCAGCUUUCAGAAAGGGAUUCCAAAACCUGUUAGAAAAAAUUUACAGACAUCCAAUACUAAAAUUACACCAUCGAAGAUAUGUGAGGAAGAAGGUUUUACAAUAGACAACAAAACCCCAAUCUCUCCAAGUGCAAAAUUUCAGGACAAUCAAGCAAUGAAAAACGUUAUGUCAACAUCUUCUAUCCUUAAGAAAAUACCUACCAGAGCUGAGGAGGGGACAGAAUGUGUGCACACUUCUGAUAAGCUUGAGAAUAUGUAUUCCAAUUUGACUGAACCUGUGGCACUACUGGAACAAGCCGAAUAUGCAGAGCAUUUUUAUCAUACUACAGAGAAUACAGACUCAGAACCAAAGUAUGAAAAUAUAUCUGUUGCAAAAUGCAACAAGAUUAAUGAUUUAGAGGCAUCUAGUCUAUAUGAAGACGCAUAGAGCAUCAGUCAACAAAACAUGGUUUAGACCAGUGCUGUCCAACUUCUUGAACAAGUUAUGAGGUUGGGAAACACACGCCAGAGCAGAGUGACUGCUGUUUAGACUUUUAUUGUGCUGUCCGACUUCUGUAGUACCGAGGGCCGGAUUUUUUCUGACCUACGUGGCGGAGGGCCGAUAAUGGGAGCCAGUUUUGACAACUCCCUGUUUUUAAACCACACCUACUUUAAACCACACCCAUG